AGUGAUCCCCAUAAUUUUAUUCUGACAUUUCAGCACGUUGACAUUCAGAGGAGUUAGUUUCUUUGGUGGAUUUUCACAGUCCAGACUCUGCUGGUUGAGAGACACCUGAGAAGAUGUUUGAUUUGAAGAAAGAAUGGAGCAUCUCCUUUGCAGGCUGCGGUUUUAUGGGGAUUUACUAUGUCGGUGCCACCAGCUGUAUCCUCGAACGGUUCCCUCGCUUCAUACAAGACGCCUCUAAAAUCUAUGGAGCCUCUGCAGGUGCUUUGAUGGCUGCUGUUCUCACUAUUGGAAUCCCCCUUGAAAAAUGUUGUGCUAAUUUGAUGUUCAUGGCCAAAGAGGCCAGGAAGCACAAACUGGGGCCCCUGCACCCAGCUUUCAACCUGCUGAAGAUAGUGCAGGACUCCCUGCUGGGAAACCUUCCAGAGGACGCCCAUGUGCGAGCCUCAGGGAGGUUGUGUGUGUCCCUGACCAGAGUGUCCGAUGGGAAGAACGUACUUGUGUCGGAGUUCAACAGCAGAGAGGAGCUCAUACAGGUACUCAUAUGCAGCUGCUUCGUCCCUUUCUACUGUGGUGUUAUUCCACCAACUUACCGUGGUGUGCAUUAUGUUGAUGGCGCCGUCAGCGACAACCUGCCUCGAUGCCACCUGAGAAACACAGUAACGUUUUCUGCGUACGCCGGUGAGAGUGACAUCUGCCCCCGAGGGAGCACGCUGAACUUCCAUGAAGUGCGAUUCAACAACGUCAGCAUCCAGGUCAACUCAGAGAACAUGUACAGAGUGACCAGCACCUUCUUCCCACCAGAGCCUGAGGCAAUGUCUGAAAUCUGCCAGAAUGGCUACAUAGAUGCUCUCCGCUUCCUGCAAGAGAACAAUCUGAUCAGCAGUGAUAGUCCACUGAGAAGUUUGGAGACAGACUCUCCCAGACCUGCUUGUUGUGAGUUGCUGAAGAGGCAGGCUGAAGGCAAAGAGUCCAAUGAGAACGUCCAGCAGAACGGAUUGAAAUUUCCUCAGGAAGAGCAUUUUUGGCUGGAUCCUCAACUGAUAGAGAACCUGCCAGUCGACAUCAGAAAGGCGUUGUGUGAGGCCUGUAGAGAAUCACAUACCGCCGGUGGUUUGCUGUCACACAUGACCGAGUACCUGCCAAAGAAAGUGACUUCAUACCUGAAGAUUCCCCGCACUCUGCCUGUUGUGUCGCCCUACUCUGUAGCCAAGAGACUGGUGGAUUGGAUCCCAGAUGUGCCCAAGGACUUGAGCUGGCUCUAUGGCAUGGCUGAAGACAUAUACAGACAAGCUGCGAAGGACAGGGUGGAGGACACUGACAGGGAAUCACCUCUACGCAGAUGUUCAAGCCUACCAUUAGACCUGAACCGAUGGAAUGAUGGAGAAGACGACACAAACACUCCCCCAGUGACCCCAGAAGCCACUCCCACCUCCAGCUUCACCUUCACCUGGAAUACGCACAGUGAGGCGAACCACAUGCCCCUGACUCCACCCCCCACGCCCUCCUUCAGCCCCACCUCUGGCUUUGGGGAAGCCACCACGGAGUCGCCCAAGAGUGAAGGUAGAGUUUGGGGUUUGGGCAGAGCUGUGGGCUGGAUCCGAAAUAUCGCAUUGGAGAAAACCCCAAGCCCCAAGAAAACAGAUGAUUCAGCUUCUUCUACUGAAUUCAAGUAA